CGCCUGCGUACUGCGACCCCGGCGCUGAUGCAAGAGAAUCUCGGCGCAGCGGUGUGGCUUCGAUCGAGGGACAAAAAGUAGCCUGAUUUUUGCCACCUUUCAUCACGCAAACAUGUCAGGAGACGAGAUGAUUUUCGAUCCCAACAUGACCAAGAAAAAGAAGAAGAAGAAGAAGCCCUUCAUGCUGGAUGAGGAAGGAGGAGAGGGAAUGGGAGGAGAAGAGACUAAGGAGGUGGAGGCAAAGGAGGUGGAACCAGAGGCUGGAGAUGACAAGGAGAUGGAUCUGGAUGAAGAUGAAGGCAGGAAGAAAGAGCCAUCUGACGACCUGAAUGACCUGAACUUCUUCAACCAAAAGAAAAAGAAGAAGAAACCCAAGAAAGUAUUUGAAAAUGAUGUUGAAGAGGGAUUAAAGGAGCUUAAAAUUGAAGGAGAGCAGACUGAAGUAGUGGAGGAGGACAACCUGGACUUGGUGCUUCCUACCAAAAAGAAAAAAUCAAAGAAAGUAGAUUUUGACGAGGGUGAGCCAUUGGAGAAGGACGACGCACUGGAAGAUGAUGAUGGGAAGAACAACGAUGGAAUCUCAUUCAGCUCCUCUACAGGACCAGCUUGGGCUGGCUCAGAAAGAGACUACACUUAUGAUGAGCUCCUGAACAGAGUCUUCAACAUCAUGAGGGAGAAGAACCCAGACAUGGUAGCCGGAGAGAAGAGGAAGUUUGUGAUGAAACCGCCUCAGGUUGUUCGAGUGGGAACCAAGAAAACCUCCUUUGUCAACUUCACAGACAUCUGCAAACUUUUACAUCGUCAACCCAAACAUCUUCUCGCUUUCCUGUUGGCAGAGCUGGGUACAAGUGGUUCGAUAGACGGAAACAACCAGCUUGUGAUAAAAGGCAGAUUUCAACAGAAACAAAUUGAAAACGUGUUGAGAAGAUAUAUCAAGGAAUAUGUGACGUGUCACACCUGCCGCUCUCCAGACACCAUCCUGCAGAAAGACACUCGUCUUUAUUUCUUGCAGUGUGAGACUUGCCACUCCCGCUGCUCAGUAGCCAGCAUCAAGACCGGCUUCCAGGCUGUGACGGGCAAGAGGGCGCAGCUUCGUGCCAAGGCCAACUAAAAAAAUAACCCCAAAACUGGGCUCCCUCUCCACUCUCAGCCUUUCCUUUCCUCCGAAAGGCUGAAGCUGGGGUCGGACGCCCCCUUGAUUUGCUAAAAGGACUCUCUGAAACGAACUGCAGGAGGGUUUGGCUGUUAUUAGUUGUGUCAGGGCCUGACCAGGCAGGGAGUGAGAGUAUUCAAAGCCGACAGAUUGGGUUCAGGCACCAUGGGCAGAUGAUGUGUACUACAUACACUGUUGGAUUUGAUUUGUUGUCUGGCUGAUGAACCCUCUCUCCUUUUAGGUCUUUUUUCCCCCUUCCUUUUGCUGUGAUUCUUUAUUUCCAUAAGAAAAGUGAUUUAACAUGCCUUGAAUCCUUACUCAUUUUUUCUUCUCCCACUUCUCACCUACACCAGACGGGAGUAUUUCUUCAGAUAAGGAAUGCAUUCUUCAGUGUAACAGCCAGUUAAACUGCAGUAACACGGCUUACUUGCUGGUUAUUAUAAUGUUGCUCAUUGUCACUCCUUUAUAUUUGAGCUCUGCAUUGCUUCAGCUGGGGCUCUGUUCCUGGUCUGGCCUUGAAUCACAGUGUCGCUCCAGAAUUUUUAUCAGCUGUUAUCAAACCUAAAAAAAUCAAAGUCACCAGUCUAGAGAACAUCCAGAUAGAUUUCUCACUGUGGACUGGUCAGUGACAAGCUCUUUUCACUGACCUUGUGAUUAUUUUAUGGUAGACACAAAAAGCAAAACAAAAAAAGAUGACCACAAACUCAAACUUGCAGGGGUUGAUAAUUCUGAGAAGACUUAUAGACUUAUAAGAGUGUGUGAGAGAGAAACAGAUUUUUUUGUGAGGACUUUUGAGGCAUUGACGACCAGUUGUGUUUAUAAAUUCUUUGACUUCAAAAGUUUCGAUCAAUGAUUUGCUCAAUCACAUAUUUGAUUAGAAAAUAGUUGUGCAAAUUAAUUUUGUUGGGAAGAGCAGGUUUCUUAAGAUGAAGUUCUCCAAAAACAAACAAAAAUCACAAUUUUCCACUGUGAUUUAAAAAUUCACAACACAAGUUAGCCAGUAGGUGAAGUGUUUCAUCCAGUAACAUUGGAUAUGUGAUAUUGGUUCUCUUGAUGUUAGAAAAAGUGAAUAUGACUGGCUGGAAUAAUUUUAAAACCUGGUUUUUACAAAAAUAAAAUAUACACUCUC